AUGCUGAAUCGCUUUCGGCCAGCGCGGCUAGUAGCCCAAUCCUCCAGAUGCUCGUCCUUGAAGAGGACGCGGGCAGGCCCUUUGCCCGUUAGCAAUAUCAGGACCUUGGCUACGAGAGCCGGCGCUAUCAACACCAAGGAACCGACCGAACGCGACAACAUCACCACUCUCUCUAAUGGCGUCCGUGUUGCUUCCGAGGACCUUCCCGAUGCCUUCUCCGGUGUGGGUGUCUACAUCGAUGCGGGGUCCCGUUACGAGAACGACUAUGUUCGGGGUGCCAGUCACAUCAUGGACCGACUAGCCUUCAAGUCCACAAGUACGAGGACUGCCGACGAGAUGCUUGAGACCGUUGAGAAGCUCGGCGGUAACAUUCAGUGUGCCUCGUCUCGCGAGUCCAUGAUGUACCAGGCGGCUACCUUCAACAAGGCUAUUCCCACCGCCGUUGAGCUCAUGGCCGAGACCAUCCGCGAUCCCAAGCUUACGGACGAGGAGCUUGAGGGACAGAUCAUGACGGCGCAAUAUGAGGUCAACGAGAUUUGGUCCAAGGCCGAGCUUAUUCUGCCCGAGCUGGUGCACAUGGCUGCUUUCAAGGACAACACUCUCGGCAACCCUUUACUUUGCCCCAAGGAGAGGUUAGACUACAUCAACCGGGACGUCAUCCAAACAUACCGCGACGCUUUCUACAGGCCUGAGCGCCUUGUUGUCGCCUUUGCUGGUGUUCCUCAUGAGAAGGCCGUCCAGCUCGCCGAGAAGUAUUUCGGUGAUAUGAAGGCCUCUGAUGCCCCCGGUCUCUCAAGGACUGGUUCCGAAACCUCUCUCGACUCACUAGCGUCCGAGUCCAGCGAGGCCUCUAGUGAAUCUUCAUCCUCAUCUGACUCUUCCGAGUCGAGCGGUGGGCUUCUAUCCAAGCUCUUCUCUCCCAAGCCCAAGAAGGCCACCCCCAACCCCUUCCUUACCCGGGUACCUAUCAGCACCGAAGAUUUGACCCGGUCCGCUCGCUACACCGGCGGAUUCCUCACCCUCCCACCACAGCCCCCACCGCUCAACCCCAACCUGCCUACCUUCACCCACAUUCAGCUCGCCUUCGAGGGCCUCGCCAUCUCGGACGACGACAUCUAUGCCCUCGCCACACUUCAGACCCUCCUCGGCGGCGGCGGCUCCUUCUCCGCCGGUGGUCCCGGCAAGGGCAUGUACUCGCGCCUGUACACCAACGUGCUCAACCAGCACGGCUGGGUUGAGUCCUGCGUGGCCUUCAACCACUCGUACACGGACUCGGGUCUCUUCGGCAUCGCCGCCUCGUGCUAUCCCGGUCGCACCCUGCCCAUGCUGCAGGUCAUGUGCCGCGAGCUGCACUCCCUCACGGCCGAACACGGCUACUCGGCCUUGGGCGAGAUCGAGGUUUCGCGCGCCAAGAACCAGCUCCGCAGCAGCCUGCUGAUGAACCUCGAGAGCCGCAUGGUCGAGCUCGAGGAUCUAGGCCGCCAGGUCCAGGUCCAUGGUCGCAAGAUUCCCGUGCGCGAGAUGACGCGCCGUAUCAACGAACUGACGGUUAAGGACCUCCGGAGGGUUGCCAAGCGCGUGGUUGGUGGUAUGGCGAAUAACGCCGGCCAGGGAAGCGGCGCGCCGACGGUGGUGCUGCAGGAGGCGACGGUGCAGGGGCUCAAGACUACCGAGCUGGGAUGGGACCAGAUCCAGGAUACGAUUGCUCAGUGGAGGCUUGGUAGACGGUAA